AUGCCCCGUAACAGAAACGUUCGCUUCUUCGAUGGGAGAACAGGUUCCCUUCUUGGAGGACUUUUCCAAAACGCGUCUAUCACAAAUGCAAACUUCUUCAGCAUCCUUAUCGAUGUUAUUCUCGAGGUUGAUACGAUUCCUCGAAUCACUCUUCGUUCGACUGGACAGAUCCUCCCCGUCGAUCUAAAUCCUUUGACAACUGGUGACUACGAUAUUUCCCCCUCUGUUCACGGUGGUCUUCUACAAAUAAGCAGCGAACGUUCUCAACGCCGUGUUUAUUCAGAGUCAUCAAGCCAGAGCAUCCAGCAUACAACAUUCCGUGACAGUGUGAGAGCUCGAGACGGAAAGUGUGUCGUUAGUGGCGUUGUGAACGUCAAUAGAGAUGAGGAUAUCUGGGACGUAUUUGAAGCAGCUCAUAUAUUCCCGCUCACCCGACGCGACACUUGGGCACAUUUGCAGUUCUCAAGAUACGUUACCUAUCAGACGGCUGACCCGAUGAAUUCGGCUCAAAACGGUCUUUUACUUCUCGCCGGAGUACACAAACGAUUUGAUAGCUAUCGGAUAUCUAUUGACCCUGAUGUGAGUCAAUUUUUUCUUUCUUCAAAUCUGUUAUAUCUACUAAUUUGCAUUCAGGAUGGUUAUAAAGUGAUAGAUUUCUCUCCUGAUGUGCUUAGUGUGGAUGGCCGGAUCUUAGAUCCGGUUUGCAGAAACCCGAAUUCACCAAAUCACGUCAGGGACGAAUUUUUAAGAUGCCAUUACAGACAAGCCAUUCUUGCAAAUGUGAAAGGGGAGGGAGAGACCACCAUGGAGCAUGAUUUUCCCCCAGGUUCGGAUAUUAUGGGAGAAAUUGCUGAAGGGCCUGAUGCAGCGGAGCAGAUGGAAGUGGAACUUUUUUCGCGUCUUGAUAGUUGA